UCUCUUGCCUGACAUCUAGUAAAAUCAGCUUAUCUUAUGUUAACAGUUAAUAUUGUUAUUUUAACAGGCAAUAUUGAAAACCGUUUGCGCGGGUACUUCGUCUGUUUUCGAGUGUCCUCAUACUGGCAUUACGUCACAGAAAGAAAAACCCUUUAAGAUUCAAACUACAAUAAUAAUACGAAAUCGAAAAUCAUAAUGGGGAAUCAUGGAAAGAGGAACUGAGAUCAACAAAAAACGCUGUCACGAGGCUGUUUGAAAUUUGUAAGACAUCAGAUAAAGCACUCACAGGAUGAGAGGAAUUGUUGCAUUUUAUCUAACCUAUAUGCUGUGCCUGAUAUUGGGGAUCAUCUGUGUGGCAUUAGUAGUUCACUGGAAUUACAGCUAUCGAGGUGGAUUUGCAUGGGACAGCUCAGCCAAGCACUUCAACUGGCACCCGGUCUUCAUGGUCACUGGUAUGGUGGUGCUUUAUGGGAAUGCGGCCAUAGUGUACCGUAUUCCUCUGACGUGGGGUCACAAUAAGCUCCCGUGGAAGCUGUUACAUGCUGGACUUCUACUCUUUUCUUUCAUUCUGUCUGUUAUCGGGCUUUGUGCGGUGUUUGACUACCACAACGCAAACCACAUAUCCAACCUUUAUUCCCUCCAUAGCUGGGUGGGGAUUUGUACCACUGCGCUUUUUACUGCACAGUGGGUUAUGGGUUUUACCGCAUUCCUCUUACCCUGCACUCCAAUGUCAGCACGUGCUUUUAUGAAGCCAACUCAUGUUUGGAUGGGAGGAAUCAUCUUGGUACUGAGCAUUGUGUCCUGCAUCUCAGGGAUCAAUGAAAAACUCUUUUUUGCACUAAAAGGAAACACCAAUGGGACUCUGCCUUAUUCCGCAUUACCACCAGAGGCAAUAACUGCAAAUUCAUUGGGAGUUAUCAUUGUAGCAUUUGGAUUGGUUGUUUUGAAAAUCUUAUCCAGUCAGAUAUGGCAGCGUCCUGAGCCAGGCUAUGAAGUGGGAGUUUACCAGCCACUGGGGUAUGAUGGAAGCUGAAAUCCCAAAGCUGAAAUGUCUGAAAGCUAAAUAUUUAUCUGCAUUCUGACUGAUCUGCACUCUUCAAUGGAAUCAAAGUUCCCUGAUAUUACAACCAUUAGUCUUCCUAUUUCUAAUUAUACAGAGCUCUGCAGUUUACUGCAAAUCUUCUCUUUAUUAUGUGUUACAUUUGAUUUGAUUGUACUGCUGCUGCUGCUGCUGUUGUAGAGCAUAAGGCAAACUAUCAUAAAUGUAAAAUCACUGCUUGAUCGUCAGUGGUUUGUGCUUAUUUAUUAUUUGAGAAGACUUCUGUAAUAAUUGAUUGAAAUUAUUUCAUUAAACACGCUGUUUGCCUCUGUGAAGUGAAAUCAGAUGAAGCAGGUAUUGCCUGCCUCUUUGUUCGUUAAACCGGUUCAAACCGGCUGGGAAGGGCGUUCAAACCAGGGACAAAUCACCACG